AUGGAGCAUGCAUCAGCUGCCGGCAUGACAACCGUGGUUGUGCCUGAAGAACGCCGGCUGCCAGAAGCAGGGCUGAAUGGUGCCAUACUGCGCUGGGCGUUCAUCGACAAGGCGAUCAGCGGUUUCGGGGCCCUGGCGCUCGCUUGGGCCACCAUCGUUCUGCUUGGUGGAUUCUCCACCCUGAUAAAGCAGAAGGAUUUUUGGUUCGUCACAAUCAUCUCCUUCCUCGAAGCCACGAGGCUCGUCAGCAGUGCUGUGGAUCCAGAGGAUCAGUUCAUCAUCAACGCACCGGAAGUUGUGGCAGCAAAGACCGAGGAAAUUGAGGCCAAGGAGCAAGGUAGCUGGCAAAGGCAUCAUCGAACCAACCGGCCGGGGCAAGGACCGAACCAAACUGCUGCUCCCCCACCACCAAGACGAGGAGGCCUGCUGGGAUGGUCGUCGUCCCUAACCUCCGGGCGGCGGCGCUUCAGCACCUGCCGCCUCUUCUUCGCCAAGACCCUCACGACGGGGUUCACGUUCGCGCUGUUCGCCGCGGGCAUCACCUCCGUCGUCCUGGCCGUGCUGCGUCUGAGCCGGCAGGACUAUGUGGACCCGGCGGACCAGAGCAGCAGCGACCACAAGAGCAUCAAGGGGUCCCUGAACCUCUUCUACGGCCUGGUGCUGACGCAGGGCGUCUCCUCCUUCCUCGCCGACACCAUGCUCCCCAUCGACGUCCGGCGGGUCAAGAAGCUCCGCAUGACGUACCAGCUUGGCCAGUCAGGGAAGCUCAUCAUCAAGCGCUACAUGCUCGACACCUACAUGAAAUGUUCCGGUGGAAGAGUGCGUGAAGCAAUGGACAUGGACCUGGUCAGCUUCGCCAUGGAGAUGGCGAGGUCCACCUCGGUGGCCGACCGGCUCGUCGGCGUCCGGGUUCUUGAUCGCGUCCUCAGCGUGGAGAAGUACAGUGGGCUGGCGCUGAUGAGGCUCCGAGCUUCCAUUGACACUGUGGGAAGCGUGGUCAGUAUGCUUGGACUGAAGAACAAGACCACGGAGGAAGAGAACACCAGAGGGCACGCGGCGAACGUGGUGCUGGAGCUCUCUCCAGACCUCCAAGUGGAGAGCUUCCCAGCAGUGCUGCAGAUGGUGUCUUCACUGCUUACUGCGAAGACAACGGCAGCGUCGACAACGAGCAAUGUCAGCGUCGAGCUUACAUGGCUCGGUGAAAAUCCUCAGAAAGAUCAUGGACAAUCCGGACAACUCAGCUCAAUCUCGUGGUCUCCAGUAACAGAGGAGAUCAUCGUGGAGGCAGUUCAAGUCCUGCACAGGCUGGUCUCGAACUACCGGCGAUGCCGGAACAUUAGAAAGAUCCUGGAACAUCCAAGGAGCCAUACUGAGCUACUCACUGAAGCAAUUGGAGUUCUUGCCUGCUUAGCUUUGGAUGAGACAGGAAAGGAAGAGAUUGGGGGUUCAGCUCGGAUCAUUAGGAAGCUUGUUCCAUCCCUUGUUGUUGAAACUCCAUCCCCAUCCAACAGAGUCAAGCUAGCUAAGUCUGCUGUUGAAGCAUUACUUGUUCUUGCCGUGGACAGCCAAAGGAAUGCCUUGAGGAUCCUUGAAGAACUGAAGAUUGAAGACAUGCAGCAACUUGUUGAUAUGCUUUCUUCUGACUCCACAGAGCUCAGAACUAUGGCUGCAAAACUCUUGGCGGUUCUACGUGUCAAUUCUAUAACAGAACAUGUUCAUUAUAACAGGACAGUCGACAACGCACUACCUCUGCUGCUGAAAGCAAUCAAGCUAGAGGUGGAGAAACUAUAUGCCCUGGUACCUGCUGCUGGAGAACUUCAUGCCCAUGAUGCUAAUUUGGAGGAAUGGAGGACCAAGCAGGGUGCACUACUGGAGAGCUUUGUUGGCCUCAGCGUUCGGGUCUCCACAUUCAUUCAGGCAAGCGAGUUCGGCGAUGCGCUCCGGAAUGCCAACCUCACAGUGGAUUUGCUCAUGCACGCGCUCAACAGGAUCCUUGAUAUGUACAAGUCACCAGACACAGAGUACCCAGGUAUAAGGCGGGUAACAGUUGAGCUAAUCAUUUGGAUGCUACGGAGCAACAGACGCUGCAUUGAGUUUUUCUUUCGGCACCAAGUGGACAAGGCAGUGAAAGAAGUCGCAGAAACAGAAGAAAGACUUGAAAUGUUUAAGAUGUUCUGCUGCGGCGUUGGCGUCGCUAAGCACAGAGAGCCCAUUUCUUCUCUUGUUGCUUCUGAAGCCUCUGCUCUGCCUAGCAUUGCUAGAAGGCUCCCAGGCGAGGUGUCGGCAGAGAACACAAUACCAAUUGCUUAA